AUGGGAUCGACAACCGAUCACACAAUCGACGUUCUCGUGGUGGGUAGCGGCGCAGCCGCCCUGGCAGCCGCUGCCACAGCCAAGGAACUUGGUCUUCGCACGAUGGUCAUCGAGCAAACCGAUAAGAUAGGAGGUACAACAGCCUACUCUGGAGGCACCGUAUGGAUUCCUCGAAACUCGGUCUCCGAAGCAGCCGGUUUUCACGAUUCUCGCGACGCUGCCCGCCAAUACCUGCAAGAUUCUCUUGCGCGGAGUGGCGGCGCUGGACCGGAGUCCUCCGCUGCGCGGAUCGAUGCCUUCCUCACCGGCGGACCUGAAAUGGUCAAUUUCUUCCGCCACCUAGGCCUCCGGUGGAGACAUUCUCCGAUUCCCGACUACCACCCGGAGGUAGCAGGUGCCAUGGACGCAGGCGGGCGGACGUUAGACCCGUGUCCGUUUGACGCCGGGACGUUGGGGCGCUGGGCUAAUCGCCUGCGCCGACCUGAACACUCGGCACCGGUGGCUUAUUUUCAUGAUUUUUUCACCCUAACCAAGCCUUACGCAUCCGCCAUCGACCUUCUCACAGUUUGUUGGAUGAAGCUGCGCGCAUUUUUCCGAAGCAGAACCAUGACCACGCCGACUUACAUGGGCAGCUCGCUCAUUGCUCAGCUCUUGAACAUUUGCCUUCGCAAGGGGGAUACGGCCGUCCAGGUUCAAAUGAACACCAAGUUCAAAGAUCUGAUCGUCGAGGGUGGAGCGGUCUGCGGCGCCGUCGUGGAGUCGAAAGAUUCCGGGCUUAUCAAGAUAUAUGCCCCCCAUGGGAUUCUCCUGGCAUCCGGUGGCUUCUCUCGGCGUGAAGAUCUGCGGCGGGAACAUCUACCCAGCAUUGGAGCUGAGUGGACGCUGACCCAGCCUGGAGGCGAUACGGGAGACGCUCUGGAAGCAGCAUACACGGUCGACGCGGCCACUUCGCUCAUGGGCGAAGCGUGGUGGAUCCCCACAAUCAUCGACCCUGGAAGCGGGAAGCUCACGACCGCUUUAUUCGAGCUUUGUAAGCCCCAUUGCAUUGUUGUCGACCAGCAAGGGUCCAGAAUCUUCUCCGAGGCCGACCCGUACGGCGACGUGGGUCGUGCGCUCUAUCAUCGGUCUCGGGGCGAUGACAACAAUGCCUGGCUGAUACUUGAUUGGAACUACCGGAGUCGGUACACUCUAGGGUCGCUUGGCCCUAGGGUCGAGCCGGUUGGCGCCCUGGCUCGCGGCCACAUCUUCAGGGCAGACGACUUGGCCAGUCUCGCAGCUCAGAUCGGCGUCGAAGCGGAAGGCCUGUUGCGUACGGUUGAGACGUGGAACCAGGCGUGCGACGACGGAGUCGACAGGCUAUUCGGCAAGGGCCGCAGCAACUACCACCUCUUCGUCGGGGACAGAAGCGCGAAGCGACCAAACAUGGGAUCUCUCGAUCAACCCCCAUAUUAUGCCAUACGGGUGACUCCGGGAGACGCCGGCACCAAGGGCGGUCUGCUGACAGACGAAUAUGGGCGCGUGGUAGAUACACGUGGCAAUGCUAUUGACGGUCUAUACGCGGCCGGCAACUCAUCAGCGUCGGUCAUGGGUGCUACGUCGUUGGGAGCCGGGGUCACUCUUGGCCCGGCUAUGACAUUCGCUCAUCUUGCGGUCCUCCACAUGUCCGACAGACGGAAGGCCAGGGGCGAGCGAGGCCUUUCCUUGCCUCCCCGACAAGAUAGCGAUAUAGAUGCAUAG